AUGAGGCGAGAGCUAGUCGUUCUGCUCGCCGCAGUCACACUCACCGUAGCGAUGGUCCCUAGACUGAGGCGGGCAGUGAACUUGGAUGAAGACGAAGAGCUGAAAAAGACUUCGCCCCCAUCUCAAGACACGCAGAUCUGCAUGCCGCAGACUCCGUGCGCUUGGUCGAUCUACAAAUUAAAUUCGAAAAUAAUCGAAACAAGAAUCACCAAUGGCUAUUGCAACUGCGACGUCGGCACACUCUGCCUGAUCAGCGAGGACGACAGGAACGUCGGAGCGUUCAUCCAUCGAUGCAGGGCGCCCGUUGAAAACGACGAGACCGCCGAGAGC